ACAUUCACGUGGUACAACUGGGUACAUUGGAAUCUUAUGAAGUCGUAACUUCUACUUUGUCCAUAAGCUAGUUGAUUCCGAACGAUUUGGAAUCUGAAUCACUGGUUCAAUGUCCCGAACGCUUCGAGCUGCUGGAUUGGUAAUUUUCAGACGAGUUUCUAACAAAGUCGAAUAUUUAUUACUUCAAACAUCGUAUGGAGAACAUCAUUGGACUCCACCGAAAGGGCAUGUUGAUCCAGGAGAAUCGGACAUACAAACGGCUUGGAGGGAAACGGAAGAAGAAGCAGGUUUGAAAGAAAGUGAUUUACAACUUCAAGAGUAUUCCAAAACAUUGCAUUAUGACGUGAAAGGAGUUCCGAAGACAGUAAUUUAUUGGCUGGCAGAACUUGUAAAAUGUACUCCUGUGAAGUUGUCCUCAGAACAUCAAGAUUAUAAGUGGUUGGCUUUAACAGACGCCUGUGAUAUUGUUCAGUAUAAAGACAUGCAAGAACUGUUGCAAGACUGCAGUAAAUUUCUAAAUGCCAAAUAAUGUAUAUUUGUUGCGUAAUUGUUGGGUGUUCGUUUUACAUUUUUGAAAUUAAUCAAGAAUUUGAGAAUUUUAAAUUUAUUUCUUGAUUGCUUAUUAAGCCUUGUGAUGUAAUCACAUUAAAUGAAUGAGAAAAGAAUUGACGGUACCUGUUCAGAAAAUAAUUAAUUUUGUAUUUUAUCAACAAACCUUUUCAAAAUAUUGAGAUUUUUUGGAAUAAAUCAUGCUCCAAUUAAUGUAAAAACUAAGAUUAAAAGAAUGAAAAGUUCUUUUUUGGACUUGUUUGUGCAAGAAUUUCAAAUCUUUCCUUUAAUCAACAAUAAUGAUAACUAAAACUUCAAGUAAAAUAAAUGUAUAAAAAAAGGGACUAUAUUUCAUUAAAAAAAUUUAGGUGGUAAAAACAUUUUUCCCAGUUUUUGUUUUGUUGUAUAACACUAAUGUCCUUCUCCUGUUUGCACUAAAUGAUAGUGAUUUAAAAAACCUGUUUGCCUUUAGGCAUUUCCCUUCCAAUGAACAGUUUUCAUCAUUUUCACUAUUGGUGUGUGCAUAGGAAGGGCUGAACCACCUACAAAAAAUUUGAGUGUCUCUGUAGACUUGCACGGUAAACCAUUCUAUUCCUGUAAAUAUGACCAAUUCUUAAUUUUCCCCUUGACAAUUUGAGGAAGAUGACCUUUGGAGGGGGUCCUUUCUCUUCCCUACUGAGCAAAUUAUCUUAACAAAUAUUCAUUUGAGGAGUAUAGUUAUAAUUUUUGUGAGAAGUUUUAUUAAACAUUUAAUAAAAUAUCUAAUCUUAUUAUUAAUUUAUAUUUAAUAAGAAUUAAAAGGAGGAGCCUUGGGUUCAAUUCCCAGUACAACUGAGGAUUUUUUCUGGCCAUAUAUUCAGGAUGGUUCUGAAAUUCUGUCUCCUUUUCUUUGAAUAUAGUGAACUUCAGGGGACUAAGAUUUUUGAUUCACUGUAUUAUAAGUUCACUACAUCCGAUGAUGUAAAAUUUAAUAGAAUUUCUCCACAAUUAUUGAUUUUAAUUAUAUAGAAAUACAGCAAAUUACAUUAAUAGCAUGAACUGAAAAUUUCAAUAUCUUGAUAUGUUCUUAAAAAUCAAUUGUUUGCUUAUAUAUUAGAUAUCAAUUUAAAUUUUUUCUCUGCUUUUCCAAUUGAAAACAAUUAUUUUUGUUGUCAAUUUUUUUUACAAUAAAAGUAAUAUUGGAAGAAA